AUGGCAGAGGCCGCCGAAAAGACGAAGAGUGCCUGUGUGGCUACCGUUCUUGCCAUCUUUCCGGAUAUCUGCACCGAUUUUCUCCAAGAGACGGCGUUCAAGUUCCAGCACAAUUCAGAGCAAACCAUCGACGAGAUUUUGAGACUCUUCGAGAUGGGGAAACAGUACCCAAAGAGAUCUUACUCCAAUGCUCUCAAGCGGAAGCGAGAAACUUCAGAGGAUCCAGAUGAAGAAGCCAAUAUUCGUCGUACCUACGAACAUCCCAACCGGGGAAUGGAGUCAAACCCGGAAUACUUAGCUAUAACGAAACAGGUUCUGAAGCAUGAAUUCCCUGAUGCCACUAUCAGUGGCAUCGGUAAGGUCUUGGCCAGCAAAAGCAACCAGCUGCUACCAGCGCUUCUCUUCAACAAAGAGAUCCAGACCUGCGACAGAAAACAAGAGAAGCUUAACUUUGCUAAAGCCUUGGCAGACGGUAAUGUCGUGGAGUGCGGGUGUUGUUUUGGCGAACUCGCUCGGAACCGCGCGGUAUGCUGCCAGAACCUGGAGAACCCUCAUCUCUUUUGUGUUGACUGUGCACGGCGGGCUGCUGAACACGCCGUUGGUCAAUCAAAAUAUGAGCUGAUCUGUAUGUCCAUGGACCAAUGCAAGGCAGGCUUUUCUCGAGAACAGCGCCAAAAAUUCCUCAGCGAUCAACUGUCAGCAGCCCUAGACCGUAUCGAGAAUGCGGCUAUCCUCCGGAUGGCGGGUAUAGAAAACUUGGAAACAUGUCCCUUUUGCCCCUACGCUGCCGAAUAUCCACCCAUUGAUACCAAUCGAGAGUUCCGAUGCGACAACCCAGAUUGCCGGAAGGUCAGCUGUCGCCACUGCAAGGAGGAUACGCACCUUCCAAAGACGUGCGAGGAGGCUGCGCGCGAUAAAGAUAUUGGAGCUCGGCAUGAAAUCGAGGAAGCCAUGUCUGCAGCUCUGAUUCGCAAGUGUAAUAAAUGUGGCACCCCUUUCAUCAAAGAAAUGGGAUGCAAUAAGAUGGCCUGUACCGCUGCUAAUUGCAGGAACAUCCAGUGCUACGUCUGUUCCAAAUCCUGCGACUAUAGCCACUUUGACGAUAAGUCACGGGGCGGAAAGGUGGGCAACUGCCCGCUCUUUGACGUUGCGGAUGUACGUGUACGCCACGAAUCUGAAGUAAAGGCUGCAGAGGACAAGGCUCGCAAGAAGGUAUUGGAAAGCAACCAUCGCGUUGACAGAGAUUUUCUCAAGUUCGACAUGCCAGAGGAUAAACCUAGAAGGCCCAGAGACCCUCCCAGGAACCAGAGACCGGCAGGACACCAUUCCCAGGGACAGCCGCCGCCGAGAGUUGUUCAAGCUCCCCCAGUUCAAGUAGCACAGCAAUCUGUCGCCGCCAUGCCGGUUGUUGGACAGAACGUAUUUGGCCAACUGCCAGGUGAUAACCUCCAUCUGUGGCCUGCACUUCCGCAACAGUACCAAGUUCCCGGGCAGGUCGCGAACCAGGCCGGGUUUCCAGCCCGGCCACCUGCCGAAUACCGAGGGCAUCCGGGUAUGGCAGGCGGUCUUGACUUUCCUGCUCCGCAAUACCAAUCCCGACUUCAACAACCGCAGCCGCAGGCUGUAGUCAUGCCCGGGGCUUUAAACAUGCCUUACCCGUUAAACAUGCCGUUUUUCAACCAGCAAAAUCCGAACCAGCUUCAGCCCGUGGGGCCAGCAUUACCGUUUGGACCGGUCAAUGGAGCCUCGCCUCGGCCUGCACCGGCACCCCGGGAACUGAAGAGGCAGAAUCAUUGCAACAAGGGCAGCCGGCGUCCUGCAAAUAACCCCGGAAUGCCGAAAGCCGAUGUACAGCCUGUGCAUUUACCACAACAUCUACAAGUUGAGCGACAGGGCCACCAGAUGAACGAGGGGCAACUCUCCCCUCGACCUCAAACACGGCCUUCAACAGGUCUCGCCCCGAAUCCCAAUAAUCAGGCUGCGCAACAGUAUCGCAAUCUCGCUGCAAAUCAGCAUGCGCAGCUAGCUCCAGACGAUAGACAGCCUUGGGAAGCUCUGCAAGCUCGACUGCAAGCCCGGGAUGCCGAGCGAGCUCAGCAGCAAGCUCAGAAUCAGAAGCAAGCUACGGGAGAUCAACAAGUCCGGCAAACCCCAGACCAAUCCGCAAUCGUUCAAGCGUCUCAUGAUCGCGAUAUGUCUACCCGAUGGAGAGAGAGCAUGACGGUACCUAAGCGCAUUGAACCCCGUCGUGCCAUACAAGGUGAACCUAUCCAAGAAGAAGAGAGUGCAAUGGAUAUUCAAGAACGAGCCAACCGUGGGGUCAACCGCUUGAACCCAAACCCGCCGAAACAGCCACCGGCCCCGGAUCGUCCAAACUGGUUGAUGCCAGCCGGCCCCCAAGGGGUGUUGACCCGUCUAGCACCUAUGCGACAAAAAGCAGCCGCCGCUGGAGCUGCAGGGAGCAGCGACGAGCCUUUGGAGCUGGAUUAA